AUCACUGAAACAUGGCGGCGAACUUCACGGAGUUUUGUGGCUCCGAAUUCUGGAACUUCACUAUAACUUGGAACAAUGAGGUCGGACCUGACUUCACCCCAUGUUUCCAGAACACUGUAUUGAUAUGGGUACCUUGUGGUCUGCUGUGGCUGGCCCUCCCCUUCUAUAGCACUUUCCUUAAGAGAAGGAAGGGACACAUCAACAGCAAUGCCCUCAAUAUAACAAGAACAAUCAUUACCCUACUCCUUGUCUGUGAUGUUCUAUUAGAUGUGUUCAAGACAGCUAGCGAGUAUGAGACGGAAAGUCCACCUCCGCCUCUGGUUCAUUUUGUCUCCCCUGGAAUACUAGCUGUCACAUUGAUGCUUGUAGCAGUAAUACAACAAGUGGAGCGUGCCAAGGGAGUGUAUUCUUCUGGAGUCCUCUGGAUUUUUUGGUUUCUGCUGAUUGUAGCAGGAAUUGUGCCAUUCUAUUCCAAAGUAGUCAAUUUUGAUAAAGUAUGGAAAAAUGACAUCUACAGAUUUGUCACCUUCUUUGUGUAUUUUGGUCUUCUCCUGGUGCAGUUUGUCCUCUGCUGUAUCAGUGACCUCCCCAGGAAUAACCUACCAGAAGGAGCUAAGCCAUCUCCAGAGAUCACAGCCUCAUUUCUCUCCUAUAUUUCUUUCCAUUGGAUUAACAGCCUUGUAGUGAAGGGCUACAAGAAUGACCUGGUGGCUGAUGACUUGUUUGAACUAAACCCCAGAGAUGUGUCGGCCAACAAUGCACCUAUGAUAGAAGCAGCAUGGAAGGUGGAACUCGAGAAAGCGAAAAAAGAAGCAGCUCAGCUAGCCCUAAAGCUUGGAUACAGCAAAGAUGCCAAUGGCAUGUGGGUCAAGAACCAGCCCAUGAACUUGGCAUACAAUGCCACAGAGUCCACAGAGAGAACACCUUUACUGACAGGAAGCAACAGGAAGUCCGGGGAAGAUGAUGUGGAAUUCAAAAAUGGGAAGAGGAAAAAGAAAGAUGAUGGCUGUCCCAAACCCAAACCGUCCCUGGUGAAGGUGAUAGCUAAGGUGUAUGGCAGUAUACUGACAAAGGCUAUACUGUGUAAACUGGUAUAUGAUGGGCUGCAGUUCGUGGCACCACAGUUACAAGGAUUGAUGAUCAGAUUCACAGAAGAUGUGGAUGACCCAGAGUGGCAUGGGUACCUGUAUACAGUGGCCUUCUUCCUGACUGGGCUGACAGGGUCCUUCUUCUACCACCAGCUGUUUCACCUGUCCAUGACCACGGGAAUGAGGCUCAAGUCUGCUCUCAUUGGGGCUGUCUACAAAAAGGCCCUAACCAUGAGUAACGAGGCCAGACAGGAGUCUACUGUGGGUGAAAUAGUCAACCUGAUGUCUGUGGAUGCCCAGCGUGUACAGGAUGUCAUGGGAUAUCUCUGGAUGUUUGUGUCUGCGCCCGUACAGAUUGCUCUUGCACUGUGGUUGCUGUAUCAGCAGCUGGAAGGGGCUAUAUUUGCUGGAUUGGCUGUCAUGGUACUCCUGAUUCCCAUCAAUGGUGUCGUUGCAACGAAACUGAGGAAGUUGCAGGUGGCUAACCUUAAGAUGAAGGAUAGUAGAAUUAAGCUGAUGAAUGAAGUUCUUUCUGGAAUAAAGGUUCUGAAGCUGUACGCCUGGGAAUUGUCAUUCAAGGAGAAAAUUUCAGAAAUUAGGCAGAAAGAGCUGGCCUUGCUGAAGAGGUCUGCCUAUCUCCAGGCUGUCACUGUCUUCUGCUUUACAUGUGCUCCUGUCUUGGUCACUUUGGCAUCGUUUGCAACCUAUGUACUGAUAGACUCAAAAAAUGUUCUGACAGCAGAGAAAACAUUUGUGUCACUGUCUCUUUUCAAUAUUCUCCGCUUUCCCAUCAAUAUGCUGCCCAUGAUGAUAUCAUUUGUAGUGCAGGCCAAUGUUUCCAUAAAGCGUCUGUCAAAUUUCUUGUGCAAUGAAGAUAUUGAUCCCAACAAUGUACAUCACAACCCCAAUGCCAGACAUCCAAUAGAAAUAAGGAAUGGCAAAUUCUCCUGGAGCAAAGGGGACAGAGUUGUUUUGGAGGAUGUCAAUUUGGAGGUCCCUGAUGGUAAGUUGGUGGCUGUGGUGGGACAGGUUGGGGCAGGCAAGUCAUCCCUACUGUCUGCCAUACUGGGAGAGAUGCAGAAGGUAGAGGGCAGUGUCAACCUCAAGGGCAGUGUGGCUUAUGUGGCUCAACAGGCCUGGAUCCAGAAUGCCACUCUGAAGGACAACAUAUUGUUUGGCCGGCAGGAAAUGAGGAAGAAGUAUGAGGAAGUGGUGGAUGCCUGUGCCUUGAGACCUGACUUGGACAUUUUGCCUGGAGGAGAGAUGACUGAAAUCGGAGAAAAGGGUAUCAACUUGAGUGGUGGUCAGAAGCAGAGGGUCAGUCUGGCCAGGGCAGUGUAUAAUGAUGCUGAUGUCUAUCUCCUGGAUGACCCUCUUAGUGCUGUGGACUCCCAUGUGGGCAAGCACCUGUUUGAGAGUGUCAUAGGUCCUAAAGGAUUGCUGAGGAAGAAGACCAGAGUGUUGGUGACCCAUGGUCUUCAGUGGCUAGAGAAGUGUGACCAGAUUGUUGUUUUGCUGGACGGUCGUAUCUCGGAGACAGGCACCUACGAGGAGCUGCUUUCCCAUAAUGGUGCCUUUGCCCAGUUCCUGAAGACAUACCUAACACAGGCUGAUGAUGAAGAUGAGGAGAGUGAUGAAGGUUUGAAAUUAUUACAUAUUAUUUGA